AUGAAUUCAUCGCGCAGAGAUGGUGUUCUUGUGCUGGUCGCGACCGUCCCCGCAGUAGCAUUGAGCGGUAGCUUCAAUUACGAUUCCAAGUUCAGCGGAGCAACUGCUAAGCCGCUGGAAUCCCUUAAAGAAGAUGGCGAACUUGUCAAGAAUGGUUUCUCACUGAACCAUGCGAGGGUUUUGGUUCAGAAGCUUAUGAAAAGGGCAGGCAUGCUCUUCGGACAUUGAGACAUGUUUGGUUCAACUGGGAGUUCGUGGAUCCCAAAACCCCAGUUCACAGUGGGGUGAAGUUAUGUUUUUGUGUGAAGGAGUUUGUGCCAUGGUUGAUGGUGCCGCUUCAGGCGGUGUAUGUGAAUGAUGCAAAGGAUCUUAAGAAGGCCACUCCCUUAUUUUUUAAUCUGUUACUUGUUCGAUUUAUGAUAGCAAACCCAAAUUAGAACUUCGAACUAUUUGCUGCUCACAACAUAUGGUUGACAUCGGAGAUCAAGACUACGAUGAUGAUGACUAGUGAGAACUGAACCUCUCAUUCAGAAUUCGUCCUGAUUUUCUAUGAAUAGUCCUUCCCCUAUUAUGAAUUAAGGGUGCCUAUUGCAGUGUCAGCACCUCAUUUGGAGUCUUGAUCUGCUUGUCAAUUACGACGGAGUUUGAAUCGUCUCUCAAACUGAGCCUGAUGUUCCGCCGCCAAUUCAGCCUGCAGACAACCAGAUGAGUCUAGCAGAUAUAGACACCAUCAAGGUCAACGGAAAGGGAAAUGGCAGUAUUUUCUUCGGAUCUCCCUGUUUAUUGUUCGCAUAGCUGCCUAUCUAUUUUCAGCUUUCUUCUAGCAGUGGACUUGAAAAAAGCUUGAGUCUGGUUGGUUUCCAAAGUAGAUCGACUGUAGCUGCAGAUGGUUAUCCUUCCAGCUCGGUUUUGUUUGCUGGGAAUGACAAGGAGAGGGAAUAGAGAACUUCAAGUGGGAAUGAAGCUAUUCGGUUCAGUGUGCUACCAAGAAGUGGUGCUCUAAAAAGAAGGAAGAUAUCUCAAGGGGUAUUAUCCUUGGUCUUUGAAGGAUGUUGCAUUAUGAGUACAUCAGUAGGUUCUUUUGAGUUUUGAGUACUUAGAAUAUUGUGAGUAGUAGACCAUGUUUCAUUGUAUUACAUUUCAAUAUUUUGUUUUUAGCAUUUCACUAUAUAUUAUAAACAAUAUUAUUAUCUUGGAUCAUGG